GCCACCUGUCGACGAAAACAUUUUGAUUGAAAAUGGACAAAAUUGAAGUAAAAUCUUCGGAUAUUGAUGAAUAUCUGCGUGUUGCUAUUGAUGUGGCGAAAGAGGCUGGGAAGGUAAUAUGCAGCGCAUUAGAGGUAGAGAAGCGCAUCGAGACUAAAGAAAGUCUGGCAGAUCUUGUAACUGAGACAGACCAACAAGUGGAGAAAAUGAUCAUUUCUACAUUCCAUCAAAAGUUUCCGACACAUUGUUUCAUAGGAGAGGAAUCUGUCUCUUCAGGCGAGAAAUGCACAUUAACAAAUGCGCCGACGUGGAUUAUUGACCCAAUAGAUGGCACCACUAACUUUGUUCACAGAUUUCAAUUCAGCUGUAUAUCAAUUGGUUUACUUAUCAAUAAAAGGACUGAAGUUGCAGUUGUUUUCAACCCCAACUUGGACCAUAUGUAUACAGCCAAACGUGGCCAUGGAGCGUAUUGCAACAACACUAAACUAAAGGUGUCAGAUGUAAACAAUUUACAAAAUGCAUUGAUAUUAGCAGAGUUUGGCUCAAGCAGGGAUCCAGAGAAGAUGACCAAGAGAGUAGAAACUAUGCACAGAAUUGUGAACAAAUCUCAUGGAAUCCGUUCUUUAGGGUCUGCUGCUAUGGCGAUGUGUCUGGUUGCUUCUGGGAGGGGUGAGGCAUACUAUGAAUAUGGUAUCCAUUGUUGGGACGUUGCUGCUGGAGACCUGAUUGUAAGGGAGGCUGGGGGAGUAGUCUUAGAUCCAAGUGGAUCAGAUAUGGACAUGAUGGCAAGAAGGGUGAUAUGUGCAUGCAAUAAGGACAUCGCUGACCAGGUUAUAUCUCUUUUACAAACAGUUGAAUUCGAACGGGACUCAGAGGAAGUUGUAUCUGGGAAAUAAAAAAUGAAUUAGUUUUCUCACUUUAUCAUCAUUCUACAAAUAGCAAAGUUUUUCAGGCCAAAUAAUCCUACUAGUAUUGUCAUCAGACUGGACAGUCAUCAGCUUUUUAACAUGUAACACUGCAGGAUUGAUGCCAAUCUUCCCUUAUAACAUAAUAUAAAGUAAUAUAUAAUAAGAAAAUGAAAAAUACAUGUGCCAUGUAGGUUGUUAAAAGUGUGAAAACUUGGAACCUGUUGUGUAUAAGGAUUCCUGUAAGAAAAUGUUGCUGGUGUCAAGAUUUCUCAUAUAGUUGACAAGGGAAGGGAGUAUAUGAGAGAUGUAUUAAAAUGUAGUAUGCUCUCAUACAUCGAACUUUUGCAUUGUUCCUUAAAAUGUACUGUUUUGGACAAAACGUUUCUUUAGCACAUGAUUUUGUGUAAUUCCAAUCAGAAUAAGUUCCCAGUCUACCGAAAACCUGUUGAACACCCUGUGGAUCAGGGUACAAAACUCACAGCCGCGUGUCUGCCAUUGGCAAUCACUUUUCACUCUUGGC